AUGUUGACUCCUACGAUACGCAAGAAGGCAGAAACUUGCUUGAAGCGCCUGAACGGCGUGAUCACAGUCGCCGCCGUCCAACAGGGCUCAGACUUUGCUAUCAAUGACAUUCUGUACAAUCGUGAUUGUGCUGCAGGGCCCCUUUCAGCCAGGGAGGGUGAUGGAUAG